AUGGCCAGCAGAAAAGCUUGGUUUGCCCUUUUGGGAUGUAUGCUGUGUAGCAUGGUCCGACAAGCAACAUCUCACGAGCCUGAACCACCAGGAUAUGACUCGACCCAUAUGCGGCACAGGUACCAGGAGUGGCUGCAAAAACAUGGGAGAACAUACCAAAGUAGAAAAGAAUGGGAAGUGAGAUACAGUAUUUACAAAUCUAAUCUCGAGUAUAUCGACUAUAUCAAUUCGCAGAAUGCUUCCUACAAGCUCGUGGACAACAAAUACGCUGACAUGACCAACAAGGAAUUUCACGCUAUUUACUUGGGUUAUAAAAGUUACGAAUAUUCGGGUUUGGCCAAGCCCAUCAACAUCACACAGGAUUUGCCAGAGAAUGUAGAUUGGCGAGAGAAAGGCGUUGUGACUCAAGUCAAAGAUCAAGGCCGAUGUGGAGCUUGUUGGGCAUUCUCUGCUGUAGCAGCAAUUGAAGGCAUCAACAAAAUAAAAGGAGGCAAUUUGACGACUCUAUCAGAACAAAUGCUGGUCGAUUGUGAUGUCAACAACGGAAACGAAGGAUGUCGUGGAGGUCUCAUGGAGACAGCAUACAAGUUUAUCAUAAAGAACGGUGGGAUCACGACAGAGGAUGAUUACCCCUAUGUAGGCAGAGACGAUGAAUGCAACAAAUCAAAAGCUAAAGAACAUGUAGUUGCAUUAAAAGGAUACGAAAGGGUACCUGCUGAUGACGAGAAGAGUCUGCAAGCUGCAGUGGCCAAGCAACCCACAUCGGUUGCAAUUGAUGCUGGCUUUCUAUUUCAGGUCUACUCCAGUGGGGUUUUCUCGGGUUACUGUGGAACCAACUUGAAUCAUGGUGUAACCGUGGUUGGCUAUGGAGAACAACAUGGAAGGAAGUACUGGAUUGUUAAGAAUUCAUGGGGCAGUGACUGGGGUGAAGAUGGUUAUGUGAGAAUCGAACGUGGAACUAGAGAUUUGAGAGGUAAGUGUGGUAUUGCAAUGCAAGGUAGUUACCCUGUCCUGUCUUAGUGUCAUCUUGUAACCAUGAUCAGUCUUUAUCUAUCUAAAUAAACCAAACAAACUCGCUAUAUCCUUACCUCUAUCCAUGGGGCAGACACACUGUUUCUUUGAAGACCCAUUGGCUUGUGAAAAAGAUUUUUGUGAUUUUUUUCUUUUGAAAAGCUAAAGAAAUGCUAAAAAUGAGUAGUAACUUAUUAUAAAUCGGUACCUGAAGUUUCAUUCAUUCAGACUCCAAAAUUAAGUUGGAAACCAUACUAUGAUUACAUUAGAUGACCCUGCGGCAGCAAAUAAACAGGAUGAUGCCAUGACAUGAUGACGAUGAAGAUGAUGAUGAUGAUAUAAGUUAUAAUCAAAUAGCAACAAAUUUGGCAAAGGAGAAGCAAAACCUACAAAGUGUCUAUACAAUUAAGAACGGAGAGAAAAAGAUAAAGUGAGAAAACCAACAUUUUAGCAAGAAAAUGAGUGUACCCCAGAUUACCCUAACUCCCAAUUCUUGUUGGAAACUAAUAUUGAUGCAAAGUUAGCUGCUAAUAAUGGAAUGAUGAUGUAUCUAUGAAACUUGAGUAAAUAAAACACUACUU